AACUUGGUAUUUGACGACCUUUAAUUUGUUUCAUAUGAUAUAGAGCUAGAACUAUGCUUGUUUACUUGCUCAAGUUGACUGGCCGUUGACUUUCCCUUUCAUAUUAUAUCAUAUUGUCUUCCAGAAAUAAUUGACUUUCUUGUAUAUGAAGUAUAUUCUGUCGUCCUCACUCUGAUACCAACUUUAUUAUCUUCAUUCUACAAUACUUUCGAUGCAAAUUCUGAAUCUAGUCUGUAAUUUAUUUCUUCUUUUCAUACUUCUCCUCCAUGGAUGUAAUAAACUCCAAUACUAGAUACUAUCUUCGAAUUACUUUGGGAAUGUUUUCAGCCAUUGUUGGUUUAAUCUUUCUGUCCCAAAGCUCCUUCUUCAAGAUUCAAUUUAACAAUACUACAAGUUCAAGGCUGUUCGUUUUUGCUUCUCUUUCUGCUCUUCUCAUAUUUCUUGUGUUUGUGGCUCCAAGCUGGAGUGAGCUCUUGCAAAAGCAAUUUGAAGAUGCUGAGAACUUGAAAGGUGUCUGCUUUAUUACCUUUUCUCUUUUGCUUGGCUAUUCUUUGCUAAAGGCACCUCAUUUGAUUAACAGAGUGGUAAAGAAGUGUCAUGGGCAGUAUUUGGUUCAAACCAUGGUGAAAUCUUUCUUCUUCAUGAUUGUUUCUGUGGUGAUUUUCAUGAACAAGUAUCCAAGGUUUAGAAUACAUUCAACGUAUAUUGAGUCUUGUGGAGUGAAGAAAGGAGAGAGAAUUUUCCAAGGGAAUCAAUUUGAUGUAUUCACUACUGGAUCAUUUUCUCUGUUUGCAUUGACCAUAUCAUCUCAAAGAGAACAGCCUGUGAAGCUUGGUAUGUUCAGCUUUCUUCUUGAAUUGACCAUGGACACUUCUAUUGAAAUAUUGGGAAAUGAUGGACCCAACUUUCUGUACAUGCUUGGUGCUUUUGUUUAUUGUGUCUUGUUAAUUCUUAUAAAGAGUUAUUUGGAUUCCUUGAUGAUGGAGUACAAUGGCAGUUCAGUUGAGAAACAACAAAGCUAUCAAGAUCAAGUAGAGGAUUCCACAGUCUUGAAUCCUCGAGGCAAAGCUUUUGAAGAUGAGCAGGAGAAGCCGUUAAUUGAGAUCUUAACUGGAAAACAGAAUGAGCAUGAGAUCAUAGACGACGAACUUGGUUUGGCAAAAACUGACAAUACUGACGUGGGAGAAGCGAGUGGCCAUGUUGCUAGACAAUACAGAAAUACUGGUGAUGAAACAUAUGGUAGUGUCUCAUCCCACAUUGAGGAUUUAAGUGGGUUCAGCCAUAAAGACAGACUAAGAGCUCUAAGGAGAGAGAAAGCAAAACGAGAGAGAGCAAGGAAAAGAGAGAGCAGAAUUGAGAAAGAAGAUUUGUGGAUUUCCUAAUGAGGACAUGUUGGUUCUUCCGCCAACAAUCCUAGUUUAAGCAAUGUAUUAUUGGAAGUGAUGUAGAUGAAUAUAGUCUACCUGCAGAUUGUGAGCUUACUCUCCUGUGUUCAUUGUAUCUAUGAAUUGAGUCACAUGCUCAUGAUCAAGAACUGAGACCUCAUAGUGUGAGACCGAUCAAACUAUGAUGAAUUAGUCCAGUAAUAUAGAAGGAAUUCUAUGCAAACUAGUUGUAACUCAAACGAAGAUUGUGGGGCAGCGACAUUAUAGCAGAAAAAGGAUUCUUGAAAGCCAUAUUUGACUGGUUAGAGCACCAGGAUGCCAGAAACAUCUCUUCCUAAUCAACAAAAAAGGAGUAACUGAACCAAUUAUUUUAUACCAUGGCUGAAGCCAUCCCAACAAGUCUUUGGGAAAGAAAGAGAAUCAUAAGAAAGGAAAGGAAUUAUUGGAAAAUGAAGCCGUCCAUGCUAUAAAUGAACCAAGUAUCUCAUGCCUUAUUUCAAGCAGAUUUUGCUUUAGAAAUUCAUGUCUCUAAAGUAUUAAGUGACAAAUUCAUUCGAAGAGUGUUUGACCCUUUCCUACAUAAGUUUGGUGUACCAUUUUCUUGUCUGCAUCACACCAGAUAUUUCUUAUACUUUGUUCCACCACAAGCAAGAUCUAAGGUAGUUUUUCGCUAUGCUCACUCACCUUGUCAUUGCAUUUAAUAGAAUACUACUUGUUUGAAUCAGUAACAGUCAUGCUUGUCUUUUCCUGCUUCAGUUAGUGUAAUGUACUAAUUAAUUUUAGAUAUUGGUCCUUUUAUGUUGCUCCCAUAAAAGGGAAAGGAAA